UUGGUUUUCCUUACCAAACAGUGAAGGUAGGUUAAAAGGCACAGAGGGUCAUUCUUAGAAAACAGUCUCUUGGCCAAGUCUUCCUGUUCUUAUGGUUGCCACACAUCAUAAUCCAAAUUAUACCUGAAAUACAGGGACCUUGCUUCUCUCCAACCUUUCAACUAUCAGUCGAUUCAAAGCAAGGAACAAACUUAAUUUGCUAGAGGUUCACACAUCUAUUCAAUGCAACACACUUACUUAUCAGGUUUAUUUUAUUGCUAAACUUUGCUCUACAUGGAAGACAUCAAGUCCAUGCAUCUUUGCAGAAUUACUAAAGGGAAAAAGAGAAAAUUUCAAGCAUUGAAAGUAUUCCAGUUGUUCAAAGUGCGGUGGUUUCUCUGGUUUAAAUAUUGUUAAAUUUCAGAAACUUACAAUCUUUGGCAGAUAGUGCUGUGAUUUGUGACUCUCAUACAACACUUUAAUAUCCAUACACCUAUUUUUAUUAUGUACCUGCUGUGACUCAGCUUGGGGUGGGUGUGGGAUAUCUGGUUAUUCAUGCAUGCUACCCGGUUGUUUGUCUGACCAGUUGUGUGUAGCUGUGUGUCUUACCAACAAGUUGACUGAAGAUGCCCCUUUAUGACAAAGGUGGUCUAGGAUGUAGUCUUAAAAUUUUAACAAUAAAAGGGGGUCUAUGAAAUUUCUACGUUGCUCUUUGUCAUGUAAUCAUUGCAAUUUGAACAUGAUGAGGGUUGAUGUUCUUGUCAGAUCAUUUGUUGAGCAGCCAGGUACUUUGACUGUUUGAAUGAAAGCUGAGAUCAGAACAUCAGUACCAUGGGAAGGGUCAGGGGGAAACUUCAAUGAGUGUUGAGGGCAGGGGGGGGGGGCAAAAUGCUUAUAUUACUCUGGGGAUUAGUGAAAAAGAAAGAAUCAUGACAAGGAAGCCAGAGAAUGCAUCUAAAAUAUCAACAGCAUAGAUAAGGAAGAACUUUCUUCUUAAUAAAAAGAAAUGAACCCCUUGGUUGUAUUUUGAGUUGACACACUUCCUCUUGUGGAGAUUUUGUCAGCUAAUGAACCAUGCUACUAAAAAUGUCAUGCAAAACUGUUAUUCAGUGGAUUUAGAGAGUAUUCAUAGUUUUUAGCUAUGGAAAAACCAAUUUUGAAACAAGAACAACAUUAAGAACACCUGAGGCCUGAAAUUAUCCAAAAAAUAAGAACAUCUUGCGUCUGCAAAAUUGUAUUGUUCUUAUGAAAACGAGUGUAGUUCAUCAAAUAUUAAAAGUAGGUGACUGGUUGUUGAUUCAGGCAAUUAAGACCAUUCUAAAUGCAUUAGUAAAAAACCAACUGUCUGUAAAUAAAAUAGAAACUACACACUUAUAAGAAUAUAGUCUAAAGAAUAUUAAGGCUCUUUUUCAACUUCAACUUCAACAUUUCAUUAUCAGUAUAUUUUAAAUAAUUACAAGUGAUACGAUAGUGCUAACAUAAACGAUUGAAAGAUUUAAAAAGCAUAUUUUACAGGGAAUUGUCAGCAAGGAAAAAUGAAUACUGAAGGACACGUAGAAAUAACUCUUCGAGCUACGCGCCCUAAGGCUCGACAGGGCCUCCGACUAGGAGGGGGCAAGGGGGCCAAGGCCCCCAACUUUUUUGCGAAACAAUAGAGCUUUCUUCAAAAUCUUUUGGAAAACCUAAGCAUUAGACCUGUGCAGAUGCUAAAAUAUCCUCGGAUAUGUGGAUACAAUCCUUUCCAGAGAACCACUGUUCUUUUAGUUAAAUAACAAUCAAAACCACCUCAUCUUAUUUUGGACGGACAAAAUUCGGUAUCAUAGCAACCGGGUUGGGGUGUUACAUAGCCUUUUCAAGGGACUUAUUAUACUCUAGUUAUUAAGUAGCUGCAGGAAGGAGUGUAAACAUAGUCACUGCCACGGGGCUUGGACCCUUGCGGAGACCUGAAUGUAUACAAAAAAACCUAAAAUGCUGUUUUUGGUGAUUGCUGAGGAAACACAACUUUCUAGUAAUGGUACAAUAUUUUACUGUGUGUCCUAUGCAUCAAACUAGUGUCCUUUUCCAGCGCUUUCGCCGGCCUUUCGUCUCAAGCGUCCCCUGGGCCUAUGUACCGCGCAGCCAUUGGGCUAGCAGGGACUAUAGCCCCCCACCCCAACUUUUUGCAUGGCAGGAAAUUGGAAAUCACCAAUAGAUAGUCUACUCCUAUGUAGUAGCAGUUCUCAUUGACUGGGAACCAUUUUUGUUCUUUUUUUAGGUGUUUCAUCUUGUUUGAUGAUAUGAUGUAUUUUGUAACUUGGUUAGCUUGGUAUUUCAUUACCCUCAAGCUAAUUUUAUCUAUUUUUUAUAGUUAUUGAUAUCUUGUCGGAACCAGACUGCUUUUCUGCGUUCUAGAGGGCGUGACUUCCAAAAGUUUCCGGGCUCCUUUUUCAGUUGCCCCGCCUAACUUUUAGACUCGUGCGCGGUCUCUGCCCGGGCCCCAAGUUGCCUUUGACAACCCUUGUGACGGGUAUAUGACCAUGUUAUUGAGCAUUCAUAAGUUAAAUUUUGAUAUAUUUCCUUUAAACAAAAUUUGAUGAUUUUAAUGUUUUUUGAGGUCAAUUCCUUAACAACGAAGCAAAUGUUGCCUUGAUGGGUUAUCAAAAUGAUCAAUUCCAAACAGUGUUGUGGUCGAUUUUUUCAUAAUAGCUCUAAAUAUUUAAUAAUCCAUUAGUUGGGUUCAUUUAACUUGAGUUAGUGUCAGUAAGGUAUUGUUUCGCAUGGUGUGAUACCUGUAUCUUGAUUGAAACACAUUUCUUUUAGUGAUCAUUUUCAAGAUUAGCGAUGAGUGCUCGUGAGCUUCAAGCUCAUAAAUUUACGUGAAAAGUUGCCCAUAUUAUUUUGAUAUUUUUUCAACUCGACGAAAUGAACGAGCAAGAAUACCUGAAAGCGAAGUAAAACAUGCUGGCAGCACGACUAACGAUUUUCUGCAUCAUUUUCAACAGCUGGAAAGAGGCAGUUUGCCAGCUGUCGAGCAGUGCAGCUGACGGUGUUCACGUUGCUUAUGCCAAAGGAGAAGGAUGCAGCGAACCUUGUAAUCCUGGUCUUCCUGUCUGCAUAAUGAAACUAGACGGAGUGGUGUAUCCACGUCCAAGUAGUGGACCGAGCUUUUAUUUUGCUGUGUUCGAGUUUCCAAGCUUCAGCCAUAAACAAACUAUCGGCUUCCAAACUUUUUCUAGUGGCCAGGCUGAUUUGAUGACCGAUUGGAUAAAUAAUUUGGCAGAUGGCUCAGUUGUUAUCGGCUGUUCACGAGAUGACGUCAGCACCAGUAUGAAUUCCAGGGCUUGGCUGGCUUUGCAAUCAAUUGGAAUGGAUAUCACUCACACUGGCUACCGUUCUGCCCACGCGCUGAUUGGCUACAAAGGAGCCUGGCCUAAACACAUGAGAAAAUCGAAAAGUGUCAGUGCAUUUGCAGUAGAAGUCACAUAUACCUUCGUGCUUCCUCCUUUGAAUAUCAACCCGUAUAUCAUCGGAAACAUGCUUGAGGUCACAUGGACAAGAAGAGGUAGUCAGUUCCAGCGAUAUUUCAUCAACGUCACUAACAGUUUUGGUACAGGCGAGGGUGACACAGGCCUUGAUGUUCAAGCAGAUGUCGGUUCAGCAAUGAUUGGUCCACUUACAAAAGGUGCUUGGUUUACAAUCACAAUGCAAGUACAGCUAUCAAGUAGCAGCGAUCAAGUGGUGAUACCGUCAGAUCCAUACUUUGUCAUCUUCAAAGGCACAACUGGUUGCUCCACGGGAAUUUUCCAGUUUCUCUUUAAGAUUGAUGGCAAUAAGCAAACAUUCAAACAUGACGAAGAUUUGUGGACGAAAAACACGAAAUUUUUACCGGAAAUGAGCAAGUUCACAGGGUUUGAUGAAAUGGAAGCAAAGCCGAGAGCUUAUGCUAAUUACAAAAUCAGCAGAAUAUGCGCUGGAAUGAAGGAUUUACAGACGGGCUCAUAUGCCUUCAUCGAAUUCAACAUGACAACACGCAAGACUAUGUAUCAAUGGAUGCAAGACUCUACUGGUUUCCCUCGUUUACCGUCAAGUGCAUGGAACAUGAUUACCCCACAAGGAGUACCGGUCGCAGAGGACUGUUAUCAAGGUAUAAAAGUAGAUAAGAGCGAUAAAAAGUCGAUACUUGGGUUUCUUGGUAGCUCCGGAGGUGAAGGGGGCUGCGUUAGCAAAGAUGUCGUUGGCGGUUACGGCCUAAAAUAUAAAGGCGGUAACUAUUUAUCAGCUGGAGCUAUCUACGAAAGUGGUGAUGGAAGCAAAAUAUUCAAAAAGGGUUUCGGAUAUGUUUUAAUACCAUACUUCGUUGAUUCUCAGUGGAAUGGAUGGGGUUCCUGGCAGUCCUGUACCCGUACGUGUGGAACUGGAACCAGAACAAGAACACGAAACUCAACUCGAGCAUCUGGCGAUGGUAUCCAGUUGCCUACAUCUGAAACUAGUAUCGAAAGCUGUAAAAUCGUCGACUGUCCACCACCCUUCCCGCAAAACAUUAUCGCAGAGGCAAAGGCAAGAGACCAGAUAAAAUUAACCUGGACCCAAGUCCCCCCAGAAGAGAUGACAGGUACAUUUGCUUAUUACCGGUGCGAGCAUAGGAAACAAGGUGAAUCGACUGUUGCCCUUAGCACUUCGUCGGAUGGACAGAAGACUUUUUACACCUUGCAGCCGUUUACAGAGUACUGCUUUCGAGUGCGGACAGUACUGCAAUCAGGCGUUGCAGGCGACUUUAGUAGCCCUGUCUGCAAAGCAACAGAGGAAGCAGAGCCACGUGCAGCCCCCUCUGAAAUAAAAGCCGUCAACUCAUCGUCCUUUUGCCUCAACGUCACAUGGAUAGCGAUACCCCCAAAUCUGGCUCGAGGGGUGAUUACGAAGUACAGAAUCUAUUACAAACUUCAAAGCAGUGGGGCAACCGAACAGACAGUUGAUAGUGAGCCUGACCAGGAGCACACAGUCUGUGGAUUGGAGCCUUACACGGAAUACGUCCUGAGAAUGUCUGGGUUUACUAGCAAGGGAGAAGGCCCAAUAUCAUCACCAUAUACUCCCCCUGUUUCUACAGAUGAAUACAUUCCAUCUGAGGCCCCUGCAAUCACAAGUACUCAGCACACGAGCUCAACUUCUAUUGUUGUCACCUGGUCAAGUCUUGCAUCGCCACUCUGGCGAGGGGUACCUCUGGGAUACAGAAUAAACUACGUUCUGCAUGACAUAUAUGCCAUCUCAGGGACAUUUCAAAAUGUCUCCAGCAUCAGUGUCACACAUCAGCUGCUAACAGCCCAGUUGACGCAACUUGAAAAAUACAAGAAAUACGUCAUCUGGUUAUGUGCCUUUACUAUCAAGGGCAAUGGUGUCAAAAACAGUAGCUUUGCUGAACAAAUGACUGAUGAGGACAUACCUUUACAAGGCCCUCCGUGUACAGCGCACAACACAAGUGCAUUCUCAAUAAAUGCUGUGUGGUCCCCACUUGAAACUCAAUACAGACUGGGGCAACUUACUGCCUACACACUCUUCUAUAAGAACCUCAAGACAGGCGAUGAAGGACAUUUUACGGUAGAAUCUAGUAUGACCAACAAAGAAAUUAAAAAUCUGAAGCCUUUUCAGAACCACAGUUUUGAAAUAGCAGCCUCGACAUCAAAGGGCAUGGGACCGAGAGGCCCACCUGUAUUCUGUUUGACUGACGAGUAUGUUCCACGCACUGGGCCCCCAAAUUUUAGCGGAGUCAACAUCAGUUCGUACGACUUGCAACUAAACUGGUCAAUAAUACCCAAAGAUGACUGGCAAGGAGUUCCUUUGGGCUACACAAUUUUGUAUCGAGAAACUAAUGCAGACGUAAACAUGUGGAACAGCUCUGUUGUUAAUGGCAAGAAUUCGUUAUCAACUAUAAUCUCAAACCUGACAGCAUAUACAAACUAUACCCUUCGCAUUGCUGGAUUCACAAUAAAAGGGAAUGGCAACUUUGCCAAUGAUAUUGUUGUCAUCACUGCUGAAGACGCACCGUAUAUUGCCCCAGGUAACCUGACGCCAGUUGUAGUGAAUGAAACAUCAUGCGUCAUCAAGUGGAGAAAGCCAUUGGCAGACAAAGUUAAAGGAGUCAUCAGAGCAUACAAGGUCAUAUACAAAACAGUGUACACGGCGAGUGACUUUGUUAGCCAUCUAGUUGUCAAGAAGGCAAGAAAGCGACGCGCUGUGAUUUCUGAGCACUUAGAGAUGGAUCAGAAAAACGUCACUUUGGGCCCGAAUCAGUUAGAAGUGAAGCUCCAAAAUCUGCAAGGAUAUACAAAUUACAGUGUGCAGGUUUUGGCUGUCACACUCUACGAUGGACCCAUCAGCGAUCCCAUAUAUGUUUUUACCAUGGAAACAAUUCCAGCCAUGUCCCCUAUUAAUGUUACGGCCAGUGCCACCACAUACACAGCACUGAUGAUAAAAUGGAAACAUUUGUUGCCUGCCUAUGCACAUGGUGCCAUCGCUGGCUAUGUGGUGUAUUACCAAUAUGGCAACCAUAGUUCAGCGAACGAGUUCAAUGAGACUCAAGUAGCUGAAAAUGAGUUUCUGGAAAUUUCUCAUCUCAAGAUAUUUGACUGGUACACUGUGCAGGUCGCUGCGUUUACGUCACAGGGAGUUGGUGUAAGAAGCUUGCCAGUACAUGCAAAGACAGGAGAAUACAGUGAGUCACCAGAUCCUGUCUCGUCAUUGGUAUUUCAGGACCACUUACCCCUUACGUUAUUGCUGCAAUUGCUACAGUCUUUUUUAAAUACCAAUUGCCUUUGUUUAUCCGUUUCGUCUUUCUUAAUUUCUGCUGCUGUUUUCUUUCCAGUUCCAUCUGAGGCCCCUGCAAUCACAAGUACUCAGCACACGAGCUCAACUUCUAUUGUUGUCACCUGGUCAAGUCUUGCAUCGCCACUCUGGCGAGGGGUACCUCUGGGAUACAGAAUAAACUACGUUCUGCAUGACAUAUAUGCCAUCUCAGGGACAUUUCAAAAUGUCUCCAGCAUCAGUGUCACACAUCAGCUGCUAACAGCCCAGUUGACGCAACUUGAAAAAUACAAGAAAUACGUCAUCUGGUUAUGUGCCUUUACUAUCAAGGGCAAUGGUGUCAAAAACAGUAGCUUUGCUGAACAAAUGACUGAUGAGGACAUACCUUUACAAGGCCCUCCGUGUACAGCGCACAACACAAGUGCAUUCUCAAUAAAUGCUGUGUGGUCCCCACUUGAAACUCAAUACAGACUGGGGCAGCUUACUGCUUACACACUCUUCUAUAAGAACCUCAAGACAGGCGAUGAAGGACAUUUUACGGUAGAAUCUAGUAUGACCAACAAAGAAAUUACAAAUCUGAAGCCUUUUCAGAACCACAGUUUUGAAAUAGCAGCCUCGACAUCAAAAGGCAUGGGACCGAGAGGCCCACCUGUAUUCUGUUUGACUGACGAGUAUGUUCCACGCACUGGGCCCCCAAAUUUUAGCGGAGUCAACAUCAGUUCGUACGACUUGCAACUAAACUGGUCAAUAAUACCCAAAGAUGACUGGCAAGGAGUUCCUUUGGGCUACACAAUUUUGUAUCGAGAAACUAAUGCAGACGUAAACACGUGGAACAGCUCUGUUGUUAACGGCAAGAAUUCGUUAUCAACUAUAAUCUCAAACCUGACAGCAUAUACAAACUAUACCCUUCGCAUUGCUGGAUUCACAAUAAAAGGGAAUGGCAACUUUGCCAAUGAUAUUGUUGUCAUCACUGCUGAAGACGCACCGUAUAUUGCCCCAGGUAACCUGACGCCAGUUGUAGUGAACGAAACAUCAUGCGUCAUCAAGUGGAGAAAGCCACUGGCAGACAAAGUUAAAGGAGUCAUCAGAGCAUACAAGGUCAUAUACAAAACAGUGUACACGGCGAGUGACUUUGUUAGCCAUCUAGUUGUCAAGAAGGCAAGAAAGCGACGCGCUGUGAUUUCUGAGCACUUAGAGAUGGAUCAGAAAAACAUCACUUUGGGCCCGAAUCAGUUAGAAGUGAAGCUCCAAAAUCUGCAAGGAUAUACAAAUUACAGUGUACAAGUUUUGGCUGUCACACUCUACGAUGGACCCAUCAGCGAUCCCAUAUAUGUUUUUACCAUGGAAACAAUUCCAGCCAUGUCCCCUAUUAAUGUUACGGCCAGUGCCACCACAUACACAGCACUGAUGGUAAAAUGGAAACAUUUGUUGCCUGCCUAUGCACAUGGUGCCAUCGCUGGCUAUGUGGUGUAUUACCAAUAUGGCAACCAUAGUUCAGCGAACGAGUUCAAUGAGACUCAAGUAGCUGAAAAUGAGUUUCUGGAAAUUUCUCAUCUCAAGAUAUUUGACUGGUACACUGUGCAGGUCGCUGCGUUUACGUCACAGGGAGUUGGUGUAAGAAGCUUGCCAGUACAUGCAAAGACAGGAGAAUACAUUCCUUCGAAACCACCAGAGAACCUGACAGCUUUGAGCUUCAUGCAUCCAUCUGAAAUCAAUGCAACAUGGCUCCCGUUGCCCAAAGAGUUCUGGAACGGUGUACCGUUGGGGUACACCAUUGUCCUCACCUCACACAGUAUUGGUGGUGUCAAGCUACCUCAAAGCCAGGUUAUUUCCAUUACAAGGAAAGUGUCACCGCAGACAACCCAUUACAACUUCCGCAACCUUCUGCCAUAUUAUAAAUACGCACUGAAGAUCAGGGCUUUCACUGGUGUUGGAGAAGGACCAGACAGCAAAACAACGUAUGUUGAGACAUGCAAAAUAGCCAACACCAGGAUGCGUUCUUCCUGGUAUCAGUAUCCUCCAUUAGUAGCGCGAAAUGCUUUAUCACCAGUCCCUAACGGCAUUAUCCCAAAGAUCCUUUCUGCUGCUUUACAUCACUGCUCCGGGAGGUGCAUGGGAUUGAAUAUAAAAGGAAAUGCAACAAUUGACUACACACUAGACGGGCUGGGAAAGCCUGCAGAAAAGACCAAUCUAGAUCACUUGACGAGUACGAUGACUGUAGAUACAGAGUUUUUGUUUCCCGUGAUGAAACCGGACUUCCGAAAUGAUGAAUAUAAGUUCAUUUCUUUGGUAAGCCCAAGCUCGGUUGUAGUCGUGGAAGGGAAACCAAAGGAAAAUCUCACGGGCCAAAAUAUAACCUCUGGAAUAUCAAGCCUUUUUACUAUUAUCAUAGUGUUCGUCGUGUUUUGUUUUGCUGCUGGUUGCCUCAUAUGGAUUGCAGAAACGUGGUAUCGAACCGGGCAGUUCAGAAUAUCAAGCAUAUCUGGUCUUCUGGAAGGCUUUUACUGGGGCUGGGUCACUGCCACAACAGUUGGAUAUGGGGAUUUCACUCCAGUAUCUGUGAUUGGAAGACUCAUUUCAAUGGUCUGGUCAUUGAUUGGGCUCAUUCUUUGUGGAUUUCUCUCCGGCUCUUUGACGACAUUUCUAACUUCAUCGGAAAAUCCGCUGGCCAAACCAACCGCACCAGCUUCUGGGGUUGGAAUGGUUUUAGACACGUGGGAAUUCGCAGUUGCAAGAAAGAAAGGCAUGUCUAUUGAUAUGAAUUUCACGAGUUACUCUGACCUGCUGGAUGCUGUCGGAAAUGCAACAAUCAGAUAUGGCAUCCUCGAUGCCAGUGUCUCAACGAUCUGGGCUGCCAAACUUGCUAAACAGGAGAUCAAAGUUAAAAAACAACUUCCAUUAGGUGUAGAGCUUGGAGUUUUUGCAACUGGAAAUGCUAAGCAGAUGUUUCAAUGCUUUGAAACGUAUGUUAAAGAAGAACAGUCAUCAAUAUUGCGACAAAUGCAAACUGUCUUAGAGAUAGACGCUGCUCAUGUUGCAAAAAUGCUUAAUGUCAAGGAAAAUGUAAGUAUAGAAGUCACGCCGAGCAAACCAGAAUUCUACAGCUGGGAGUCGCAGAUAAUGCAGUCAUAUGUAAAACUAGGCGGUGCAAUAUUUCUGGCCCUGUUUUUCUGCGGACUAAUUUACGAGGCUAUCAGGAGACGCAGAAGAUUUAAAAAAGCGCAGAAAACUGCUGCCAAACAGCCUCGAAAAGUCGUUGCCUACAGUAGUGACAAUGGUCAAGUAAACCUUGAUGGAUCUAAAGACCAGCUGGUGACAAAAAGUACUUGUUUCACAGAGAUACAGAGAAGCAAUGCAUCGUUGCGAGUUACGUCACAAGGCAAUACUUCCUUCAACAGUGAAACAGCAACUGAAAUUGAAGCACAACAUGGAUUUUUGAACACCGAUUUGUUAUCUAACGGUGAAAAAUUUUCUACAGAAAGAAUAGAAAAAGAUGACGAAACCGUGAAAGACGGUUUAUCGAGCAGGGCUGGCUCAUCGAAACAGGACUUUGACAAUGUGAUUGAUCACCCGUUGAAGCUUAGAGAAAAGUCUUCGCAAAAUUUUCCAGAAAGCAACUCGGAUGAACUUGUGUUGGAAAAAUCGUUUCCUUUUUUUAUGGACUAUGCUGCAGAGCAAAAAUGCAACACAAUGGACACAGACAGUGCAAUUGAUAUUCCGCGGAACAUUUUACCAAUACCAGAUGAUGAAACGAUCUUAUCAUUUGCCGGGUGUAUUUACCACGAUAAUGAUUUAUUGGAGAGAGAGACAAAGAUACUGAUUCAAGAUCUUGAUGAUAACUUUGAAAGGAUAGUUAAUGAAUUAACAGAAAAGCAUCACCAAGAAAGAUAUAGACUAAAAUGCAUCAAAAUGGAACACGACAGGAAACUGUUUGGGGGAACAUAUAAGUAUUUUAAUCCUUAUGAUUUUAUCACUGACUGGUAAGCAUAAUGCACCUGGUCUUACACAUUCUUUAGUUUUACUCUAUUUCCUAAGUCAUUGACUAAGAAUAAAGAUUUUUUUUCAAAGAUUUCGUCAACGGUCAAACGUAGUGUUUUCCGUGGCGCAGUACUCCUAGAUGACAUCGUUCUGCAGAAGGUUGCAAUCAACAUUCUGCACUACGAUGAAAGACAUACAAACAGAGGAUCUUUCAACAUGCUUUUGCAGUGGGGAAUUCCCUAUUAGGGCUCACAGUUUUCCCACAAGUUAGCCCAUGGUCCUCUAAUAGUAGGGGCACUUUUGGGAGUGAUCUCCGAAAAAUUAUUAACAAGCAAUUCUUUGAAAGUAUGAACUGAAAUGUCUAUUAUGGAAAACUCACAUUUCUUCCUUUCUUCGAAAAAAAUUUGGAAAAGUUAAGAAUUUCUACAAUAAACCAUUACUAAUACGGUUAUCUUCAGACGCAAAAUCCCUGAAAAUAAGUUUUAAGGCGAAGGUUCCUAUAAAUACGAGUCAUAUUUGUAUAUAAUCAUCAUUAUAAUACAUUCAGGCCUCAGAACGGUUCCAAUAAGUUAUCAACUUUCGCGUGAAAACCUCUCUCGUGUAAAUUAUUUUCUCUUUUGUGUAAAUUUUAUUCCUUUUACGAUUGGUGUGGUGUCACUCAUCAUGUCUGGGCGCAAAUUUGUUUGAUUAGUAAGGAACAUAGGUAGACUUGAUAUCUCCUUUUAAAAUAGCUUUUUGUGAGUAUUUGUCCUAUCUGCAACGCUAUUGGAACGAUGGGCGACACCACUCCAAUCACUUUUGUAGCUUUUUAUUGUAAUAUUUGUGUCUCUAUGCUAAGUGUAAGUCUUAGGGUUGUUAUGCAUUUCCAUGCUCCCUAGGCUUUUGUAUUGUUAUUGAUUGUCAUUGUAAAUUUUAUGAAAAUAUAAAAAAAUACAAGUCUACUUUGCUGUAAAAAGCAGCUCUUUUUAGAAUUUCCCUAUUUUUGGUACAGUAUAUUGAUUUAAUUCAUUGAUAAACUUUGCUGAAUAUCUAAAAAUCUCCCAGCGAUUAAAAAUUUUCGGCCUUUAGAGGAUCACACUCAGGGGCGGACUGGCUAAUUAUUUUGGCCCGGGCAAAUUUUGAUCAAACCGGCCCACAAUAAUAGCAAAUAAAAAACUCCUCGGAAAAUACAAAUGAAUGUUAGUCUGUAAGGAAAACAAGUUUUUAAAUUCAGUAAUUUAGUGCAUGGAUGAAUGCUGGUUAACAGAACAUGUUAAAUAUGUCAUUUGCUGACUAAACAGUAAAUAAACAAAAAUUUUAACUCAUUGGUUUGACUCUGUUUCUUAAUACAGUAAAUUAUAUGUUGAUAAUGUGAUCGUUCUGGAUGUCAUCUAACAGGUGUUUUUCUAAGAACAUUAACAUAAAGGACUCCAAGUUUGGCUGCGAAAAAUUACUACGUAACCUGUUCUUUAUAUAUUUAAAGUGGAAGGCUUCUAUCACACUCCAUAUGUGACAAAAAAUUUUCUAAUCCUCCGAAAAACCACAAUGAAAUUUCAGCAACCCAAAAAUAUCAAUUUGUCAAUUUCUGACCCCAAAAAGAAAACAAGGGCACCCCUGUUGAAAUUUUAUCGUGUAGCACCAUACCCCUGUUGGGCAGGGGGUGCAUUUGACUUAUGAUAGUGUAGGCCUAAUAAACUUUCCAUAACUUGUAUGAGUUAUUGAAAGAAGCAAGAGCAAGACCAUGCUGUUUUUUGUUAUGUUUGUGGCUUUUCCUUGAUAAAAAAGCUUUGUAUCGUAGCUGAAUCCUUUUUAAGUCUCGCAGCUUUUCCUCACGAAAUUUCUGUGCUCCACCUUUGAUUGAAGUCUUCUUGCUCUUCCCCCGUUCUACGUAUGUCUUUUUCAUUGCUUCAAAUACAGAGCAAAUCGCUUAGAGAUUUCUAAUUUUUGGACUUUUAAGUUUAUUACAUUAAGCAAUAGCUUGAAAUUAGCAAAACAAGGGAACAAAGAUUGAAAUUGUUGUGGAUGCAACGAAGAGAGAAGGCCUUGCUGAAAGCCCACAAGCAAACACGUUAGUACUAAAGGAAGGAGUACAUUAGAAGUAAAUAUACGGUCAGUAAUUUCAUCGUACCAAUGGGGCCGUGCAGGGCUAGAAAAGUUUUGUGGAGGUAUGGGCUUACCUCCACCAUUGUCAAGCAGAUCGUACAAUCAAC